AUGAUGAAUAUUUCUGAAAGAGCAGACAAUGGUAGUAGAACUUUGGAAUAUUAUAAUCCCAUCAACACAUUUCCUAGUUCUGCUAACGUUCGGGAGUCAGAAUAUUGUCCCUCACUCAGUCAGUCGAGGAAAAGAUACGAAAGUGUUCCAGAACCUAUGAAGAGAACUCCAGAUUACAUUAACAAAAGAAUUCGCAACAGAAGUGCCGUUAAGCGGUUUCGUGAAAAAUCAAAAACAAAAGCCAAGAGGCAGCAAGACGUAAAGGCUCAUUUAAUUUCAUUAACAAGAUUUUAUGAUAAUGAAUUAAUUCGAAUAAAACAUUCAAAGCAGCAACUUGAACUGCUGCUAUAUCAACAUGCUGCUCAUAAAAACAUUAUUGGUCAACUUAAUGAAAUUUUAAGUCUUGAAGCCCAAGCCCGAUUAAAGUUUCAAACUCAACUCGCUAGUAUUCAGGAGUUGCCUACUUCAUCUAUAGAGCAUUUGGUCGACUAGUUAUAACAAAUAUUGUAGUAUCAUUUUAUUUUCAAAAGUUCUGUAUAUUCCUAGAUCAGAUUAUUUUCAUUUUUAUUUAUUUCAACAUAUUUUCUCUUGUAUAUCUAAUGUUGACGUAUGUAUUUUGGAGUUUACAGCUAUAUAGAUAGUUGUUCUACAUAGUUGUAAGUUUAUGUUAUUGGAUAAUAGGAGUUUCUAGCCAGGAUAAUACCUGCUUCCGGAUAAAGUACUCACAUUAUUUUGAUUUUCUUGCGAUGUUUGUCAAUUCUUUUGACCAGCUAUAAACCACUACUCAUGUUUGUCCGUGCAACUACGUUCAUUAUGCAUUACUCAGUGUUUUGAAAUUUGACAUUAUUUGUAGCAGCUUUAUGCUGGUGAAAUUUAUUUAGUAUUUUCCUGAUGAUUUUUAAAAUUAUAUCAUCCCAAUGCUAUGUUCAGAAAAGGAACUGCAUUUUCGUCUUGUCUUGUAUUAAUUCGAUAAAUAACUACACAAAAUUGUUCUGACCUUUGUUUCAACUACAUGACUUCGUCG